AUGGAAUACAGUCCGAUCGAUCGAUCACCGACUAGUGCACCGACUCCACAACCAACUCCUUUCAGGCUUACACCAGUGACCCCGCGUCCAACUCAAGGAGAUCGAGCUCCAAAUCCUUAUCCAACUCGGGCCACAGCAGCCCCGACUCCCAGUCCAAGUCCCCCUCCGACGCAAACGAGCCCAGCACCAACUCCUCCCCCGACAGCUUGGGUAAAUCCUAUUGUGACUCCUCGCCCAUCAGCCAAACUACCACAGACGUCACCCCCAACUACACCUCCCACUGCAAGUCAGGUCGUCAUGUCCAAUGACCAUUGUAUCCAUGCAUUGAAUAUUGUGUCGCUUCCGUUCUCAAUGGCCGAUACAACCGCUGGUUCGACGCCAGAUUUUGCCGUCAAGACCUGUGGCGUUGUUUCAGAAGCUAGUGGCGUGUGGUACACUUAUACUCCGACUGAGACCAGGAGCAUCAGAGUCUUUGUCGACAAAACCAGUGGGUCUGCUCGUUCGUACCUUCGAGUAUUCUACGGAGACGAUUGCGAUGCCCUAAUAUGCCGUAUGUAUUCCGGUGGCUUCUCCUCCCGUGAUUCAAGCGCGACCUUUGUUGGACAAGCGGGUGUCACCUAUAAAUUCCUUGUCUCUCCUGGCUCUGGUGGGUCAAGCUUUCUCUCGGAGUAUAACAUCACCGUACAGGACUAUGACUUAGAGCAUGAUAAAUUUGAUGACGCGAGAAACAUCGCUUCGCUACCCUACCAACGAGCCGAUACAACCGUUGGAGCAGUGCCCGAUUUCGACAUUGAGACCUGUGGUGUCGAUAAAUCUGCCGGUGGUGUCUGGUACACAUGUACUCCAUCUGAGACCAGGACUAUCAGGGUCUAUGUCGAACGCACCAGCGGAACUUCUAUUAAUACUCGAUCGCACCUUCGAGUCUUCUCUGGAAAUGAAUUUGGGACCCUGAGAUGCCUCAGACAUGAUGGUGGUUACAACAGUGGCGACUCUGCCGCUACCUUUGUCGGACAGGCUGGAGUCACCUACAAGUUCCUUGUGUCGACAGCAUCCUAUACACUUGGGAUAUCAUCAUACACGAUCACUGUGAAGGACUAUGACUUAGAGAAUGAUGGAUUUGAUGAUGCAAGAAACAUCACUUCUCUUCCCUAUCAGCGAGCCGAUACAACCGUUGGAGCUGUGCCCGAUUUCGGCAUUGAUACCUGUGGUGUUGACUCAUCUGCUGGUGGUGUCUGGUACACGUAUACUCCAUCUGAGACUAGAAGUAUCAGGGUCUAUGUCGAACGCACCAGCGGAACUUCUGUUAAUACUAAAUCGCAUCUUCGAGUCUUCUCUGGAAAUGAAUUUGGGACCCUGAGAUGCCUCAGACAUGAUGGUGGUGUCAAAAGCGGAGACUCGGCCGCUACCUUUGUUGGACAGGCUGGUGUCACCUACAAGUUUCUUGUGUCGACAGCAUUCUAUACACUUGGGAUACCAUCAUACACGAUCACCGUACGGGACUAUGACUUGGAGAAUGAUGCUUGUGAUGAUGCGAGAAACAUCGCUUCUCUUCCCUACCAACGAGUCGAUACAACCAUCGGAGCAUUGCCCGAUUUCGACAAUGAUUCCUGUGGUGUCGAUGAAUCUGCCGGUGGUGUCUGGUACACAUAUACUCCAACCGAGACUAGGAAAAUCAGGGUCUUUGUCGAACGCACCAGCGGGACUUUAUACAGUAAUCGAUCGUAUCUUCGAGUCUUCUCUGGAAAUGAAUGUGGUACUACCCUGACAUGCCUUACACAUGAUGGUGGUUACUACAGUGGCGACUCGGCCGCAACCUUUGUGGCUCAGUCUGGCGUCACAUACAAGUUUCUUGUGUCAACCGGAGUCUAUGGUCUUGGGAUCCCAUCAUACACAAUCUCGGUUGGAGAACAGCAGUAG